GUCGCUUUCCUUCUUUGAGCCUCCUUGUUACUGCUUCAGAUACCCCUUUCAACCCACAUCCAUCUCUUUGGCACUGUUGUGGAGAGGAGCAGAACAUUGUCAACUGAUCAGACUUUCAACCACAGCCCUUCAUUUCUCCCUACUACUUAAAGACUUUCAAAUCCUUCGUCUUAUACCCAAACCACUCGUUUGUUCAUUACAACACUCUUUACGAAUCUUUGAUCCAUCACACGAUGUACACGAAAGCACUUUCUCUUCUCGCCCUGGCUGGCGUUGCUCAGUCCCACAUGAGCAUGUUCUACCCCCCACCACUUGGUGGAGCCCCUUCUAUCAACAAACAGUCGACCGAGUUGGACUCCGAGUUCAACUAUCCUCUCGGUUGCUGCGGUGCAGAGGGUGGCGAUACCAAUCCGUCUCCUGGUCUUUGCCGUGGCCAUCUCGACAAGUUCGAUACCGAAACGGCGUCAGUGACCUGGGAAGCCGGUCAAGAUGCCCACUUUCAGCUCACCGACUACUCCUACGACCCGAAUGCGCCUGGGUCCACACACGCUGGAGGUUCCUGCCAGGUCGGCUUCUCCAUUGACAAAGGCGCGACGUGGAAGGUUGCCGCUUCAUAUCAUGGCGCUUGUCCUCAUGCCACCGAGGACGGCUCUCCCGAAGCCCAGACGUUUGACUUCAAGGUUCCCACUGGUAUGCCUGAGGGCGAUGCCAUCUUUGCCUGGAUCUGGCUGAACCGAGAGCAUGAGUCCUUUAUGAAUUGCGCCAAGGUCAAGAUCGGCGCUGGCUCUGGCAACAGCACUCCUUCUCAGCCCAGCCAGGCCUCCCACUCAGCAGUUCAGUCGAAGCAACCAUCUCAGUCAGGUACCACACCAAAGCAGCCGGCUCAGUCAUCCGCACAGCCGAAGCAACCAGACGACACCGAAGAACCUUCAACUCCUACUUCUACUUCUCGUGCAGGCGGUCGCCGCCCAAGGCCCUCGGCCGCCACUUCAACAGCCACUGUUGUUGCCACCGUUACUCGCUCACGACCAACUCCCACCUCUUCCGCUGACUCCGACGACUCUGAUAACUCCGAUGACUCUGACAACUCUGACUCUGAGGACUCCGAUAACGACUGGUCUUGGCCAAGCCACAAGCCCCACCGCGAGGUGAAGAGAAACGCCAGGCGCUAUGAAGUCGACGGCUCAAAGUGCGAGUGCACCCGCGACGAGCUCACGCUAGCUGCCCGCUGCUUUUGCGACGCAUCUGAUGAGAAGCGUGGAGAUGUGGAGCGCAAGGCUCUUCGCAUGCACCGCCGCACUUUCUACAAGCGCGUCGAUGCUUGCAACUGGGACUCCGCUCCGGCCAUGGAGGUCUCUUACUACACCCCAGGUGCCAAGUGUGCGGCCAACGCGAAGAUCAACACUCCUACAAGCGAUAAUUUUGAAAUCAAGUGGGAUGUAUCUUGCGGUGCCGUUGAAGGCAAAAGCGAAUAUCCCCUGAAAACUAUGAACUGCGGAAUGUAUGCGGCCUAGACCGACCUUGAUCGCCUUCUGGGAUACAGACAUUCUUCUUUUCUUGUCACAUACCCUUUGACUUCUAUUCUCUCGUUUACAUCACGUUCACGGACGCUAGUAUCUUCAUUCUUUUCUACUUGAGGCCAAGCGGUUGCUCAAAGCGCCCAGGUGCCCAUUUCUUUUCGCUUCUUUACAUCGCGAGUAACAGGGGGAUCUUACUCUCAUAGCAUCGGGGGGAAGGCUUGUUGUUUCUUACAUUUCACGUUACUCAUGCAUACAACAUCUUAUGACUUGGUCGGGCUGGGUCGGUACGCGAAAAGGAAAAGGGACGGGACAGGAACAAGGAGUACAAAUGGGUCGAGAAACAUGAAUUGAACGUUUUGACAUAUCUAUCAAACAUGAUACUUUUGAGACAAAUUC